AGGUUGUGUCCCAGAAUGCAUCAGCGUGUUGAUGUUUUUGAACGUUGCGGCGGCUGCUCUCGCACCACCACUCUUAUUUUAUUACUGGAAAAUCACUAUUCUCAUUGAUAUUUUCAACUUUGUGCUGCAUAUUUUUAACCGAAGAUUGCUGUUUCGUGUGUGCGAGGAGAUUGAGAAGAGGUGGAUGUGCCAGGAGCAUUAAAAUUGACAUAUGGUGUGUCCAGAAGAGCAACAAUGGAGGAAGAGACUGCCGAACAAGUAGUUUUGAAAUGUGUAAAUGCUCUUGAAUUGCUGCCAGAAGACACUCCAACUAUACGGCACUUAGUGGAUGGCCUAGUUUUUUCACAUUUAUUAGCAGUUUUGAAGAAUGAAGAUAGAAGAAACUCAGAUUUGCUCGUCUUAAUGCCUCAGUUGGACGUCAUCAUAAAAGAGCACUUUGCUGGUCCAAAGCUUAUUUGCUUUGAGGAUGUUGCUGCAGGAAGUCAAGUGGAGCUGACAAAGCUGACUCUAUUGCUUUUGUACAUAACAAUGAUAACAGAUGCAAAACUCAGAAAAAAGCUUGUGAAUUCUCCUCUUAUGGAUCAGGCAACUCAAGUGAAACUGAAGUACCUUAUCGAAUCUAUCCAGAAGAGAGGCUCUGGGAUGAGCACCAAGUUCUUGGACAUUUUAUGUUCAGAGAAGUUAGAGGGUAAAUUGCUAGUACAAUGUCAGACCCCAGUUGGUGCUGUUUCCUGUGCUUCUCCAAAUGUUUACACCAAUUCUCCCAGAACAUCAUCAUCUCCUCUUAGAGAACUUAUUCAGAGUCCACCCUUCCGCAUUCAAAAACUACUAAAUGCUAAGACUCGAGAAGUGAAGAAGUUGCAACAGGAAAUCCAUCGCAUGGAGAAUGAAAGAGAGGAGAUGGAUGUAACUUUGCAAACUUCUCACAAGAAGAUAAAUAAAUUAAAGGAUGAACUGUCUAAGUCAAAAAAUGAUUUGCAAGAUCUCAGGACAAGCCGUGAUGACUUGGAGAUGCAGAUAACAGCUGGAGAUAAUUUAAUUCACCAACAAAUGCUCAGGGUGGGAAGAGAAUCUAACCAGUUAAGGAAAGAGAAUGCCUCAUUGGAGAAGGUUCUAAAUCAAGUUAAGGAGACAAAUGAUGAGCUUACCAUGAAGAAUGAAUCAUUGAGCAAGCGUUUGAUGCUCGUCUCAGCCGAGCGGGACAGGCUGCAGGAAGAAAUGUCAACACUCUACCGUGCCAAAUUAGAAAAUGAAAAUAUCAUAGAAUCACAAGCCUGUAGUGUGAAAGAAAUGAAGCUUCAACUUGAGGAGCUGCGGCAGUACCUUUUGGAAAGUAAACCAGAAAACCACACAAUUGAAGAAUCAUUUGAGGCACCAUCACCCAUGAAUUUUGCCGAGGAAUCCUCUUCACCUACAAAAUCCCAUGAAUGUGGAGAAAAUAUGGCUGAUGCAGUUGUGGAUAAGAUUCUUUUUGAAACUCAAGAACAACUAAAAUAUCUGCGAGAACAGCAUUCAACCCUUGAAGAGAAACUUUCUGAAACUACAUACAGUAGAGAUCAGUUGCUUGCACAGGUGGAAUCCAUCACCACAGAAAAUGAAAAUAUAAUUUCUGAGUUAGAAGAAGUACGGGAGACAUAUACUCAGCUCCAGGAUUCUCAUGCACAAGUAUGUGAUGAGAAUAAGAAUACUUUACAAAUUUUACAAGAAGUUAAGAUGAAGAAUGAAAUGUUGGAGGCAGAACGACAAAAAUUGGAGGAUGAGGCUCAUAUGACACAAACAACUAUAUCCAACAUGAAGGAUGAAUUUAAUAAAGUUUUGGAACAAUCGUCUCAGUGCUCUACUAAGUUGAAGACUCUGGAAGAGCAAGUUCAGUCCUCUCAACUUGAAUUAAAAGUUACCCAUGCAGCCCUUGAAGAAGUAUCUAAUGCUAAGACCUCUUUACAAGAAGAGUUCUCAAGUACCAUAUCUAAGAUAAACAAGGAUUUUGAAAAUCAAGUUGCAUCUCAAAGAGAAGAAUAUAAAUUGAAGGUUCAGGAGUUGAAUAAAAACAUAAUGGAACUACUCAGUACACAGGAAAUGUUAACUAAUGAGAAAAUUUCACUCGAGCAUGAAAUCCAAAGUCUCAAGGAGAAUUAUACAUGUGUCACAUUGCAGAUGGAUCAAGACCUAACAAAAAUGGCUAAUGAGAAAGCUGACUUAAACAUGCAGGUUGAGAUCAAGUCAGAAACUCUGUGUCAACUACAGAAAGAAAUGGAAGAUAAGAUUAAAACUUUGAAUACAGAAAAGCACUGUUUGGAAGAGGAAAUUCAGAUGAAAACUCUUGAUUAUUUUAGGCUUCAGAAUGAAGUAGAAACACAAGUAAAGCAAUUGACUUUUGAGAAAGUAGCUCUUAAAGAAGAACUUCUUCUCAGAAAAGAAGAAUAUUCUCUCCUUAAGCAAGAAAUGGAGAAGACCAAUAAUGCUAUGGCUGAUUUGAAAACAAAAUUUGAAAAGGAAAUAGAGACAAGGAAGGAAGCAUUCUUAGCAUUACAACAGCAAAAGGAAAAUGAACUUAACAACCAUGCUAAGAGAAUAGCUUCACUGAAUGAAAUAAUGACAAACAAGGAAAAAGAGUUCAGUGACUUAAAUAAAGAGUUUAAUAAAAUUGUUGAAGAUUUAAGUGAGAUGAGAAUUAUCUUGAGUAGUGAACACCAGAUACAUGAAGAAACAAAGGUUAUCAUAAGACAGCAAUUGAAAGAUUGUCAAGCUGAUUUUGUUAAAAAAGAAAAAGAAAUGAGCAAUGUGAUUCACCAAAAAGAAAGUGCAUAUCUCUCUCUCCAGUUAAAAAUGCAAGAAGCUGAGAAUAAUUUUACUAGUGAAAGAAUAACACUACUUAAUGAAAUUCAAACAAAGGAAAAGGAGUUAAAUGAGAAGUAUAAAUUAACUAUAAAUUCUCUUGAGCAGCAAAAUUCUGUUCUGAAUGAUGCUCUUAUAGUGAAGGAAGAAGCAGUGACAUCAUCACACGAAAUUGUGAAUAAGCUUCAAAAUGAGAUGGAAAUAAAGGCUAAUGACUGUAGUGCUCUACAACAUGAGCUGGAAAUCACCAGAGCUGCUUAUGAGCAAGAGAAAUGCACAUUACUCCAAGAGAUGCAAGUGAACAAAAGUAGUUAUAUUUCCUCACAGAAUGAUUUGGAAGAAAAAUUACAAAUGCUUCGUCAAGAAAAGAUAACCUUGACAAAAAUAAUCGAAGAAAAAGAAGAGGCAUUUGGUUCUCUACAGAGGCAGCAUUGUGAGUUGGUUGAUGAAUUUUCCAGAGAAAGGGCAGCCAUCUCUCAAGAACUCCUUUCAAAGAAUGAACAUGUAAAUAAACUUUUAUCAGAAAAAGAAAAAAAUAUUAAAAGUUUAGAGGAACAGAAUGACUUGAAUACUAAAACAUAUGAAAGUAAAAUGGGUAAAUUAGAUGAAAUUCUUGCUGAUAAAUGUAAACAAAUAGAGAAAGUAGAGCAAGAGAAAAUGAGCAUUAAAAAAUGUAAGGAAGAGAGUGAAGUUCUGUUCAAUGAACAAUUCAGUAAUGUGAAACUGGCAAUGGAAGUUCUUAAGAGAGAGAAAGAGGAGCAAGCAGAAAUCAACCAAAAAAUUAUUUGUGAACUAAAUUCAUGUCUUCAGGAAAAAAAAAAAAUCAUCACCACCAUGGAAGAAAUGCACGAACAAAGUUUAAAUAGUUACAAGACUCAGACUAUGGAAAUGGAUGGUAAAAUUUCAGAAUUAAAGUCUACAUUGGCAGUAAAAGAGAGAGAAUUUGACACUAACAUUUCUUCGCUGAGGGAACAGGUGUUACUGGAAGCAGAGAAGAGGAACACUGUUAGCAAUGAAAAUCUUAAAAUGAUGGAAAAUGAAAAAGAUAAAAUUAUAAAGGUACUUGAGGAGGAAAGAGCCACAAUGAAUGAUGUAAUUAAAGUUCAAGAAGAUGCCUUAAGUGCACUACAUGAAAAAGUGGAAAGAGCUCUUCAAGCACAUAGCAAGGAAAAGGCAGAUUUAAUGAGAGAGCUUGAAGAAAGGCAAGCUACAUAUAUUUGCCUUGAAAAUAAGCUACAAAAUCAAGUAACAUCAUUCAGUGAGGAGAAGGCUUUGCUCAUUAAGAACAUAGAGGAAAAUAAAAAUGUAGUAUUAAAUCAAGAGCAGCAAAUCAAGACACUCCUUACACAAGUUAGUGAAGAGAGAGAAGCAUUAUGCAGUGAGUUUAAGAUUAAGGAAAAUUCUUUUGAAAGCCUAAGGCAAGAAAUGGAAUCUUCAGUAGAAACAUUAAAAAACAAAAAUAACAGAGAAGUGCAAGAGAAACAAGAACUUAUUAUACAACUUAAGGAAGAGAAAGAGAACCAUUUGAAGAUGCAUGCUCAAGAGAAAAUAUCCCUGAAUGUUGUCAUUAAAGAGAAGGAAGAUACUAUUGCAUCCUUGAAAUUUAAAUUGGAAGAAGUUACAAAUACUUUUGCAUCUGAGAAGGAGUCUCUGCUAAAUGAAUUAAAUGCUCAGCAACAGAGUUUCAUUUCCAUAAGGGAUAAAUACGAGAGAGCACAGGAAAGCUCUGCUGCUGACACUAUGACACACUCCCUCCAAAUCUUAGAAAAGGAUAGGAAUAUCAAUAAACUUAAGGUAGAGAUAGAGGAUGUGCAGGAAAAAUAUGAAUUGGAAAAGAAGCUGAAUGUUUCCCUGAAAGAUGAGGUUGAGUUUCUGAAGGAAGAUAUUAAAAAUAAAGAUUCUGGUUACAGCAAAAACUUGAUAGAGAGACAGCAGGAGAUGUCACAACUGGAAGAGAGUAUUGCUGAAAGAAAUCAUUUGUAUGAAACUCUUCAGCAGCAACAUGAAGAGGACACAGAAAAACAUAAUAAUUUGGUGUUGCAGAUGCAAGGUACUAUAGACGAGAAAAAUGAAAUCAUCGAAUCACUUAAAGAAAAAAUUACAAAGCUGGAGAAAACACAUACGAGAAUUUUACAGGAAAUGAAUGAUAAAAUUAUUGAAGAUGCAUCAUAUCUGAAUUCUUUAAAAGAAGAAAUAUGUGAAUUGAAGAAAAUACAUAAUCAAAAAGAGCAGGUUAUGUCAGGUGAGCUGAGCCGCUUAAAAACUGCUUUUGAUAUUAUGAGUCAAGAAAAAAAACAACAACAGAAAGAUGCUGAAGAGACAAUUAAUAAAUUUAAUGAAAAUUUAAUUGAAAAAUCUAAUGUAAUCUGCACUUUAGAGGAGAACAUUAGAAAUGUUUCCUUGCAGCAUGAAACUAUGUUAAACCAAGUAGAGGAAAGACAUCUCUCUCAGCAGCAAAAUGAAAAUUUAAAAAUUUCUGAGUUGAGUGCUCAGUUAGCAGAGAAGUCAGAGGCUCUUACUACAAUGACUGAAGAAAUGAAACUUGUCUGCUCCCAGUAUGAAGUCAAAUUAGGCGAAGUAAAGAAUUUAAUGAAGGAACAAGAAGUGAAGAUGAAGACUACAAAUACAGCCUUAGAAAGUGAGCUGCAAGCUGCCUAUGAAAAAUUAGAGAAAUGCAACACUCACAUCCAGUCACUUGAAGCCAAGCUCAUUGAUAAAGAGAAACAAAUCUCGACUGACAAGGAGGAGAUCAUGCGUGUAGAGCGUGAAGCGGAGAAAUCAACUAGAAGUCUCACGGAGGAACUGAAAGCUAUCAAAGAGAAAUUUAGAGCUGAAAAGAGAGCUGUUGCUGAUAAAAUGAAAAUGUCAUACCAGACAGAGCUGGAGAAGCUAAUGAUCCAGAUAGAGGAACAAGAGCAGGAUGGCAAGGAAAAGGAAAAGAUUCUGCAAAAGUAUGAGUUGGCAAAGAAGAAACUGACAGAGCUUCUUACUGUUAAUAACGAAUUAAAAACAGCAAAUGAACACUAUGAGAAGCAGGUAACAAAAUACAAAGAACAUGUAUCAAAGUUGGAUGCUAGUCUUCAGAGGGAGCGAACAAAACAAAGUGAAAUGGUUUCUCGAAUUACUGAUUUGGAGAGUAAAUACCAACCAUUGAAGGAAAAGCUACAUGAAUCCGAAAAUACUGUCAAGCGUCUUGUUCAAGAGAAGAGGUCUCUGGAGGUUCAUGUUAAUCUUGCCGAUGCAAAAAUGAGAGAAAUGAAUAAGCAGUGGCAACGAGAAAGCUUUGGGGGACUUCCUAAGGUCUCAUCAGAAACCCAGAUAAGUCAGAUUAUUGUUACAAGACCUUCUUUAUCAUCAGCUGAAGAUGAUUGGGAUGUGAAUGAUUCCAAACAAGAGCUUCUUACUGGAAGAACCUCCAAAGGAGUUCGAAAGACAAUGACACGAGCUGCUUCGGCAGAUGCGGUGUUCAGAAAACCAUGUAUGCGAAGUGAAGGUGCUACACAUCAGACUGCUGCUGCUUCAUGUAAGAAUGCUGCUAGUGCUACUUCGCACAGAAAUGCAGCUAGUGCUGCCUCACAUAAGAAUGUUCCUGGUGCUGCCUCACAUAAGAAUGCUCCUGGUGCUGCCCCACAUAAGAAUGCUCCUGGUGCUGCCUCGCAUAAGACAGCUUCUGUUUCUGCUACUUCUCAUCAGAAUGUUGUUGCUAAGAAGAACACUUUGCAGUCAUCAGAGACUAGUCAUAUUUCUGAUAAAUCCUUGGGGAAGUCAGUACCAAGGGAAAUGCGCUUUAAUUGUGAAGAUGAGGAUGAAGAGUUCAGCACUAAAUAUCUCCUUGAUAUGCAGAUUGGACGCUGCAACCCAUUGGAUGAAGCUCAGUGGAAGAGAUUAUCUGAGCUACAAAGACGAAAUUCUCUCUAUCCUCCACACAUGCGAUCGGCAUACCCCGCUGAAAUGCAGAGUAUUCCUUUACAGAGUUUUGAAGAUGAUAAAUUAAGAGAAGGGUGUGCAGUAGAAGACAGACAGUUGAUGAACUUAACUCAGGCAACAGAAAAUCUAGGUCUGGACUCGCCAGCCUUCAACCUUCGCAAGCGGAAGUCUUUUUCAGAUUCCACACAAUCAGAAUCUUCUAUUGAUUACUCAGGGGGCAAAAGGACUAAAAGAUUAUCUACUUCUUACUCUCGUCCUGGACCACCAACACCUGGACGAAAAAGUUUGGGCAGAGGUGACAAGGAAAAUCGGCGAGAAUCCAUUGCUUCUGAUAUAUCACUUCCAAGCUUAUCAUAUCGAGGGAGGAAGCUAAUAGACACAAACAAAGUUAAGGAAAGUCCUCAAUCAGCAUAUUCUGGUGGAUCUCCGGUCUCAAGCCGUCGACAAACCAGGAGUACUCACUCUGUCAACUCUCCAAGCUCUACUUCAGUCCACUCCUUUCGAUCUCCUGGUGGUGUUACUGUGCUAAGCAAGAAAGGACUGACCCCACGUGGGAAGAAAGGAAUGACACCAUCUUCAUUGCGCAAGAUUCUUGCUAAAGGCAAAUCUCCUUGGAGGAAACUUGAUAAUGAGCAAGAGACACCCAAGGGCCUAGGGGACAGUACUGGCUCCAUUGGCAGCUCAAAGCUAAGGAUUUUUCGUAGGCCCUUCGGUUCCAAGAAUUACAAUGUUCUUUCUGCUUCGUUAAGGUCGCAAGAAAAUCCACCGGACCCGAACGACUCAUUAACCGUAUCAAUCGGACGCUCAGAUGCAGCAACUAUUAACAAGAAGAUAAGAGGGAAGAGAUGAUACUAUAAAGUUACUCAGUUAGAUUUGUCCUUAUAUUAUGGUAUUCUGUCUUUUAUUUUGAUAGUAUCUUUUAAUGCUAUGAUUUUUCUUUUGGUGUACAUAUUUUUAGUAAAACUUAGCUCCUAAUUACUGUAUUAAAGAGUGACACUUUAUUUUAUAAAUUGUGAUGUUUCAUCAUAUUUACAUGUAUGUUAUGAGUAUUUUACUGAUAUAUUAAAAAUGUAUAGAAUAACAUCAGAUAGUUUUAUAACAUUGAAUUCAUCUAAUAGAUACGAGUAGCUAGCACUCUUGAUUUAGUACUGAGAGGCUUUCUGCAAGAUCUCAAGAUGUGUAUAGUUAUUACACCAAAGUAAAUGAAAUGUGAUGA